GCACCACGCGGUGACGAGCAAGGCCCGCGCCAACCAGCCCGAGUCUGGCGGCCCUGGCGUCAAGAGAGCGCCGACGUUCACAGAGCUCAGAGACCCGCUGGUGCACGAGUGUUUCGUCGCCCUCUUGGGCGUCGUGUCGUUUUUCACCAGGGAGGCCAGCGGUCAGGGUUUGGCGGGCAAAUUCACGCAGGAGUGCAAGGUCGCGUCGAGCGCGAUGAACGACGCGGGCCGCGAGAG